UGCGUAUGCAGAGUGGGUCGAAAAGGGAAAACCAUAUGAAGAGCCCGAAGAAGUUUUAAUGUUCUUAAAUCAGAAUGGAGUUUCUAACAAAAGAUCAGAUGGAGCCAGCCGACUUAACACUGACGGGGGGAGAACAAGACACGAUCAUAGAGAUGCUUUUUGCAAAAGUUCCGAUCGGCAUUUUCGAGACGCCAGGAAAGGAUGGUAUUCAUUUACUCAAACCAAGGGAACCUCAACCGGAAGAAGCAAAGACCGUGAACAUCGUGGUGAAACCGCCAGAUCCGACCACGUUUCCUUUUCAAGCGCGAAACAUCAAGAAAAUGCUAAACGAUUUAAGAACUUUAAACCUCUUAGAUGAUGUAAUCGGGUUAUGUAAGAAGGGUACGAUUAGAACAUAUAAUAGGGAAGAAAAAAAAUUAAAUCCGGUAAAGGAAGGAAAAGGAAAGAAAUUACGGGGGGAAAUAAAUGUCUAUGAUGUCGUCCCUAAAUGUUAUAAUAUUUACGUCUAUGUCCUACCUGAAGGCCAAUAUAUUCUUUUAUACCAUAUUUGCGGUAGAUGGUUCAGGGCAUUGGCCUAUUUUAAAAACCAUUAUUUUUAUUCACAUUUCCUCUGUAUUUACUUUUCUAAUUUCAGAAUGUUAUCUAGAAAAAAAAUCACUCUCUAGUUCUGCGAAAUAAUAGCUUUUAUAUCAUUUUUUAUUAACAAUAUUAUGUUGCGACCUAAAACUAAACUAAUUAUCCAUAUGUAUUAAUUUUAACCUUUUGAACCCUCUAAAUUAAAAAACAGUGGGGACUAAUUAGGGCUUGCAAUAAAAAUUUACUUUCUUCAUAUGGUAGAAUUGGGUUCGUGCUUAUGAUAAUUGUUCAUCCAUUGAUCAAUUUGCCUUUCAAUUGACAAAAA